AGCAUUCCAUUUCACAAAUAUUAUCCAAAUUACUUGCGACGAUGAAGUUACCAGCUCGAUACCACAGGUGUAUCAGGUGUAAAUACAAUCAUCAUUAAUAAAUCAUGAUCCACGGUAGUUGUGAACAGUGCUCUAUGAAUUUCGUUUGCUCUCGUUGUAAAAAGUCUUACAAAUCAAAAGGUGCCCUGAUCCAUCAUCAACGAAACGAAUGCGGUGUAGAGAGACGAUUUUGUUGCAAUUUAUGCGGCAACAGAUUCAAGCACAAGCAUCAUCUACAACAGCACUUGACUCGAAUUCAUCAGUGCUCUCUAGUAUCCAAGUGAAGAUUAACAUUCACGUUUGUCUCUAUUCAUCAGUGCUCUCUAGUAUCCAAGUGAAGAUUAACAUUCACGUUUGUCUCAAAAUGUCGCCAUAAUUUUUAUUCGUUUUUUUUGUUUGGAAACAUAAAUAGGUAUUAUAAUCAUUUAUCAUAAAAUUAUAUGUUAUAGGCAAUUUUCUAGCUUUAUAACGAUUACAAUGAGAUGAAUGUAUUUUUAUUUUAAGUUCUUUCUAUAUAUGUGAUAUUAAAAAUCUUUGGCUGGCAUUAACAUUUGAAAUAGUAUGAUCACAAGAAUAAAUCGCACGAUUAUCCUGCAAAACUUCAAAACUAUUCAAACCUAUGCUACCUAUAAUAAAAAUUCAUUUCCAAUAAAUUUUUUCUCAUAAAUA